GUUCUGAUGCAGCCAAGUGGCCGUUGAUAAGAGGCUUUUUUUUCGAUUUCUUUUCUUUUCGGGGGGGCAUAUGCCAUGGUGGAGGGAGGUGCUGCAGGGAGACAAUGGCAUCCAUCAGAGUCCGUAUACUUGUUUUGGCGAGCACAUGCCAGCAUCCCCCCCUGACAGAAUGCUGUUCGUUUGAACCACGCCCAAAACCAUGCUUGUGCCCGUGUUGGACCGCUGCCGAUCAUUCAGGCGGGACGAAACCAGGGUUCCUUCUCGGCGCUUCGGCUGCAUCUCAUCAGCCCGCUCCGGGGAUUUCUGGUCAUCGAACGGCAUUGCCGGUUUGGGCGCGGUCGCCGUGGGGUUGUGGCCAGGGAGGCCUGAGGAGAAAGGGCCUGUGCUUGGCGUCUACAGUAGUGCAGGCAGGCAGGCAGGCCGGUGCAGGCGUGGUGGUUGUGAUGGGGAGGGGGGGAGCAGCGACAGGUGAGCAAUGUGCCGGCGUGCAUGAUUACCUAUCCCGUCCCAAGUGCCCAUGUCGGUCGAGGGGUACAGACUAUAGUAGGCGCAAGGGGGGGCGGUGGGGUAGCCGAUGGUCGACGAUCUGAGCAGGACAGAAAAAAUGACAUGCCACUUUUGUGAACGCGCGUAUCGCCAUGUCGGGCACAGUGAGCCCGGUGGUCAAUAAUGCCGGGAGGUGAUGCAGCGGUUCAGCGUGGAGGAGGCCCACAAUGGGCGUGUUUCGAUCAACAGACCGGUGGCUCGGUUGUCCAAGGCCGAUACUCGACGUUAGCAGCGUGCACAUGGUUUCAAGGCGUGCUGCAGUGGAGCACGGCGCUGGGCAAACGUUAAAGUGGUUUUUUUUUCUCUCGCUCAGUGUUGCUCGGCGGUGCCUAGGUGCAGCCAGGGUGGGCAGGCUCGACACAGGCCCCAGUGUGCGUGUACGAGGCGGCGCCUGGGCGCGAGCCGUCGUGGGCGGCAGUCCAUGCUUCGGCGGACAAGACAGGCGGCUUGUUGCGUGAGUGC